CUCCAGACCGCCGGCUGCUGCUCCCCUCGUUGCCUCAGUUGACACUAAAUUUAGAGCCGCAGCUCUGGAUCCGUUAACGUAUGAUGUAAAAAUAGCAAAGAGGGAAGCCUGCUCGCCACGGAGCAGACAUACAGGACAGAGUGUGUAAGCUGAUAAAAAUUUAACUGCACAAACAAACUCAAGACAGACAGAAAGACAAGCAGAGGGAGAGACUGAGGGUUUAAAUCUGGUAUAAAGACCGGAGAGAGAGAGAGCGGUCUAAAGACAGGAGAAAACGUGGACAGACGGUGUGGUUCACCUUCAUGAUUACUGGAUGUAAACAGACAGACAGGCAGUCUGUGAGAGAGACAGGAAGACACAAGGUGACAGGAUGUUGUCGAAAAAGCAGGAGGGCCGGGUGUUCAGUAACCGUACGCUGAGGGACCAAUGGGAGAAGAUCGCUCAGACCGUGGAAAGCCAGAACAAACAGGAAAAAGAAUGGAAGAAGAAGAGUGACAACAAAAUAGCAUGCUCAAAGUGGAAUUAUCACUGGCAGCUUGUUGCUGGUGGAGACUUCAAGAAGGUCACCAGCGGCCAGAAUGAAGAGGACGACAAGCCAAAAGUCAAAUUUAAAAUUGUCCCUCCUCCUAAACCCAAACUAGAGCCUCCUCCUCCACCUCCCCCAAAGAAAGAACCUCCUCCUCCCCCUCCUAAACGGCCAAAACGGAAAGUGGAGGUGGAUGUGUUUCGGAUCUGCUGGAAAGAUUCCUGGAUGAGUAUGAAGCCUCCAAAAUAUCUUUACCUAAAGCCCAGAGAGGUAAAGACCAGAAUCCCAAGAUUCACGACCAUAGAGAUUUGUAACAACAGAAAGCACAAACCAAAAGAGGAUCAGUCAGAGGAGGAAACGAUGACUGAUGACGAGAGAUGGAGUCACUCCUGGAAGCAGGUGAAGAGUCCGGCCCAGUUUGAAUCCUGUGAGGAGAAACCGUUCCAGUGGGAGGAUUUAUACAACAAAAAAAUUCUCAAUGAAGUGAGGAUAGGAACCUACAGUCUUCCUCUCUGGGCAGGAACCUGGAAGAUUAUGAACUUUCCCUUCAGACAGUACAAACCUGAGUGGGAUGUCAUCUGGCCGGAUUACGAGCAAGAAGUCAGCGACAAGACUGAAGAGUUAGAGCGACUUGAGGAAGAGGAGGAGAUAGAAGACUGGGAGGAUUCAUGGAAGCUUUCUGAGGCAGAAAUUGAAACAGAAUACCUCUCGGAGGAAGAGGAGACAGAGUAUGAUGAAGAUGAAUAUGACGAAGACGAAUAUGAUGGAUAUGAGUAUGAAUCAGAAGACCUUGAAGAUGAGGAGACAUUGUCAGAAAGCUCUAAGACAUCAGCAGCAAUCAUAGCCAGGAUACACCCUGUCUUCAUGCCUGGGUGGGGUGACUCCUGGAUGAUCUCUGCAGCGCCCCCUGUGGAGACAGAGGAGAAACGGAAUAGCUGGAACUCCAAAAGCUGGGGAUAUGGACAACAGUUCAGGUGGUGUGGGGCGACUCUGGCAUCUCAUCAUCAGCAUGGCGCCAUGCUCUUGAAGAAACGCAAAAACACAAACCUCCUUCUCACAUCACCGCUGGACGAGGAGAUCGAAGAGAUGACGGAGUGGACAGACGCCUGGAAGACCGUGAAGAGAUGGAUGCCUCCAAAGGAUGUCCAGCCUGUUGAGAUGGAGGGGGAAGAAGAGGAGGAGGAAGAGGAAGAAGAGGAGGAGGAGGAGGAGGAGGAGGAGGAGGAGGAAAUUGAAGAAGACAAAAAGACUGGCACAGAGAGAGGUGAAGAAAUCCAAAAGGUGAUGGAAAAAAAAGAAAUUAUCAAUAAGGAGGAUGAUGAAGAAAUUAAGGAAGAGGAAGAUGAAGGAGUGGAAGAUGAAGAAGAGGACAAAGAUGUCGACUGCCAGGAGGAGGACAAAGAAAUACAAAAGGAAGAUGACAAUGAUUCAGGACAUAAAGAGGAGGAAGAGGAGGAGGAAGAGGACAAAGACAUCGAGAGCAAGGAGGAAGAAGAGGAAGGCAUGGACAGCAAGGAUGAAGACAAUGAAGAACAACAGGAUGGUGAUGAUUCAGGACUUCAAGAGGAGGAAGAGGAGGAGGAAGAUGAAGUUAAAGAUGUCAACAGCAAGAAAGAUGAGGAAGAAGAGGAAGAUAAAAAAUUGGAUGAGGUGGAAAGUGAAGAUGAGGAAGAGGAGUUUAAAGAAGCACUGGAAGAGACUGAGGAGGAAGAAGAGGAGAAAAACAAACGAGAAAACAAGGAGGAAGACAAAAACAUGAAACAAAAUGAUGAUGAUGAGGAGGAAGAUGGGGAAGAGGAUGAUGAAGAGUUUGUAGAUGUGGAGGAGGAAAACAAUGAUCAAGAAAAGGAUAAAGAUUUAAAUAAAGAUGAAGCUGAAGAAGAGGUAGAGGAGGAAAAAGAGAGAGAAGAUGACGAAGAUGAAGAGGAGGAUGGACUAGAGGAGAAAGAGAAAGGCAAGAUGGAUGAGGAAGAAAAGGAAAAGGUGGCACAGGACGAAGAAGAAGAGGAAGAGGAAGAAGAUCAAAAUAAGGGUAACAAUGAAAAAGAAGAUGAUGAAGAAGAAGAGGAAGAGAUUGAAGUCAAGGAGACUGAGGACAAAGCAGACAAACAGUCAAAAACUGAAGACAAGGAGGAGGAUGAAAAAGAUGCCGAGGAGGGUAAAGAGGAGGACGAAGAAGAAUAUGAGGAAAAGAAAGAAGUGGGCAACAAAGACGAGAAGGAGGAGGAGGAGGAGGAGGAAGAGGAUGAUGAGAAGGACUCAAAAGAGGACAACAAACAGGAGGAGGAAGACAUAGAUGAAGAGGAGGUCAGCAACAAAGAAGAGUGUGUGAACAUCCAAACUGAGGAAGAAACUCCUGAAAAAGCAGAUGAGGAAGACGAGGACAAAAAAGUGAAAAAGAAACGAACCAAUCGUAAACCCACCGCCCCGCUCCAUCUGCAGUUCCACAAACUCCACGCCUCCUUCUCUUCCUGGAAGCAGUCCUGGAUGGUGGCCGUCGCUCACAGAUCGGGAGACGUGGCCGAGGAAGAUGAGGAGGAAGGAGAGGAGAUCGACGAGCUGCGCGUUUGGAAGGAGUCGUGGAGGAUUUGUCGGAAGAAGAAGCCGGCCGAAGAUAAAAUAGUUUGUUUCUCCAUGAAGAAUCGGAAUCAGAGAAUCCUGAGACUGAUACGUGAAGAAGAGGAAGAGGAGGAGGAGUGGAGGAAGGAGUGGAGUCGGAGCUGGAGGAUGAACAAUAAAGAUAUGGAAGAGGAAGAAGAAGACGAGGAAGAGGGAGAUGAAGAGGAGGAGGAGGAGGAGGAGGAGGAGGAAGAAGAAGAGGAGGAGGAGGAUGAUGAUGAUGAAUGAUCUGGAACACUGAAACUCUCUUAAAUAUUCGACUCCAGGAAAGUGGACAAAGAUCUGGUUUCACACUGACAGGACUGAAAAAGUCUGAACCAGAGAUUUGCAUCAUACCAUGAUGCUGUCCUUUCCUGUGAAGAGAUCAGUCCUGACUCUAAUUGCUAAUUUAGACUUUGUGCACAGAUAAAGUGUACAUUUUUCUAAUGACAAAGCGUUUCAGGACACAAACUUUCUCCUCCAAAGUGAGCACCAUCAAAUAAAAAAAUCAGAGCUACAGAUUUAUCCUAUUACAGUAGAAAGUUUUGUGAUUUGCCAGAGAUCUGCAAUACAAGGCCUCAAACUGUUGCCUUCCUGCAGAAUAGCUUGCAAAGCUGCUAAAACCCAGCUUACUGAGCCUGGACAGUCUUUUGACCAAUCAAGUUUACUGUUGAUUUUUCACACAGUUGCUUUCAGCUUCAGGUGCCGAUGUAGGGAACCUCUCUCUGGAGGUUGUUUUAUGCUGCCAUUGAUACAAAUAGUAAGGUGCUGUAUCAUCACAAAUGAUAGCCAACCCUAAAUGUUAACUUUUGCCUCUCAAACUCUACUCACAUUUGCAGAAAACUUCUGAAAAAACACCAAAUUUACUUUGGUUUAGCUGCAUGUGCAAUCACAAACAGCAGAGCUUUUCAAUCUGGCAUUACCCUGAAUGUUCCCACCUUGCACCCUCGUACUUUCCCACCAUUGACUCAAAUGCAAAUCCCAGGAAAACUUCCCCUUAUGAGGGUAAAGCAUGAGCAAGGAAGUCGGGAAAUUUUCUGGGUAGGAUAGCCUGAUAUUUGCAGAAAAUGUCUAGGCUGCAGGUGUGGGAGGGGCUUCACUCUGCCCAAAGACUGCAACUAAAAAAUAAGGUCAUGGUUUUGUGUCCAGCUGCUUUAUUUUUUGCAACAUUGAAUGAACUGAAUUGUUGAGAAGUGAGUUCAACAUGAAGGCACUGAUACUUUGCACCAAUGCAUGUAUUGAUAAAGAGAUAUCUAAAGGCUAAAGUGAAUAGCUUUGACUGUAGGAUCUUGGUUGAGGAUACAGUCGCACUAGGCAGUCGGUACUGUGCCUGAGCAUGUUUGACUAGUGAGAACUCCAUCCUGCACUCAAGCACGGUGCACUUCCUUGGCCCUGGCACAAGGAGGGAUGUGCAACAUAGACAUGAUGUAAAAUCCAGGGUAGAGUGUUAGGAUGCACCCAGACUAAGGUCACUUGCCUCUUACCGUGCCUGCACUCAUACUCCAGCCCAGCUGGGCCAUGAUGCAAAUACAUGCAAUCACUAGGUCGCUGAAUGCGGUUUUCAGAAAGCAUGGUGUUACAGAGUCUGCACAAUGCAAAAAUGCAUGAUAAUGACUUCAUUUUACAGCUCAUUUUGAGUUGUUUUGAUGAGGUGCAGCCCUCUAACUCUCCUGCGUUGUUUAACAUUAGUAUCAUUAGGAACGGUUGUAGUGAUUAUGCAUCAUGACCACUUUGAGCUAGUUGCUUGAGGUGUGCAUGAGCAAUUGUGCAAAGCCAAAGCCUACAUCUUACGUCUGUUCCAGGGUCAGGGAAUUAUACCAUGCUUUGGACUCAAGGAUGCUUAGGUAGAGCACAAGCUGUAUCUGACCAUGAAUGACAAAGUAAGCUACUGUCAUUUUGUCUGUCUGUCUCUCCAAUGUGCCGACUAUGAGACCACACCUCUUGUAAAAACCAAGCGUAUUGCAUUGGUUCAGGCAGGCCACGGAGUCAGGCUCUGCCAUAAGUGAGAUCAGCUGAUCUCAUGCAAGCCCUAAUCAGCUGAUGCCCAGCUAAUUUGCUCUUAGCACGCUACUGGCUAAUCGCUCUCAUGCUGCUGUAUUCAAACUGCUCUCACUCUGCGAGCUGCUCUUGCAGCUCUCCUCCACCCCAGCUCCUCCUCCAUUCUGCUUCUUAUCUCUUCUACUCGCUCUGCUCUGGGGAUUUUUGCUGCGUCUCUCCCUGCCUCAGGCUUUCCUUAAGAGCAGGAAUGUUUUCUGCUUCAUGCUUUCCAUGAAGGCUUGUUGAAGGUCAAGGGGAACCCAGAACAGCCACCCCACCAAAUAUAAAUUACAGCAGUAAGUGCUAAUUAAUAACUGCUGGAUAUUUUCUAAAUCAUGUGUGUUUCUUGACAGAGUGGUCCUGAGUGAGUGUGUGAGUGCAGACUAGCAGGGUACUUGGGAGACGAGCAUCCCUUAGCACAGUCAUGGCCGCUGUGAGAGAAUAAGGAGGUGGACUUGUCCAUUCUCUUUAUAUCUGUGUAGCUGAUUCCUCUACCUGUGUCCAAAUGUUAAUCUAGGCUCCUUCAGAGCUUCAAACAUCAGUUUAAAUGAAGAUGAUUUAGCCUGAGAUUUUUGCUUAAUUUAAAACAGAACAACUUUGGACUUUUAAGAUGACUAAAAGCUUUAAAUUCAAAUGCUAACAUGAUGGAGACAGUCCGGGAAUAUGAAGCACAUAUGAGAAAUGAUGGAUGUGAUGGAAAUAUUUAAACAUGUGAAGACUGUAAUGUGAGAAAACAUCAUGUACUGUGACUGUAAAGUGAGAACAAUGCAGAGAUCAGUCUUAACAGUAGCCUCUAAUAAGGUCUGUGUUUACUGUGGUCUAUCCUCUCUGCAAUGUAGAUGUAUAAAUCUGAUGUAUUUUGACUCCUUAAUAAAGUUUUCAGUCAUAUGAGUGCUUCUA